AUGUUCGGAGGAGGGAAAGGCAUGCCUCCCGGCGGCAUCGGUCCUCCAGGUCCUGGCGGUCCGCCCGGAGGCAUGUUCGGCGGUGGAAAUGGCAUCGGAGGCAUAUUGGGGCCAGGCCCUCCGCGACCCAUGAAUGGCGGCGGCGGCAUGCCAGGCAUCCCUAUGUAUAUUAGCGUUGCGAGCAGAUCGAAAGCGCGCAAGUCGUACCUGGCGGCGGGAAACCGUGUGGUGGGAAUCCUGGGCCUCCAGUAG